GGUCGUUCGUUAGCGUUAGGGAUCGCAGUACAUCCGAGUCUGGCGAGUCGUAUGAGUCGGUCUUCGUGUUGUCGCUUCGUCAACCUUUGUUGGCAAGACUGUGUGCAUAUAUGCGCGCCCGCGCGCGUGUGUUAGUGUCCGUGCUUGGCAGAGAGAGGUCGUUUAACUUUUUCUUCCCCAUCGUUGUUUUUCUUUUACUUGCCAAUCCGGUGGAACGAAGAAUAACGUUGUUCGAAUCUUCUCUUUUCUCAUAAAACAAGAAAAAAUACGGAGAAACUAUAAUCGAUAAUGAAACAAUGCAUAGAAAAGUGAGAGUGAACGUGGCCACGUUCGGCCGGUUUGCCGACAGCGUGAAUCACCAGCAGCAACACCGGCGUUCAUGAGCCCACGCAAUUCUAACCGAUGCACGAGAUUUCUCUCUUUCUCCUCCCUCUUUCACUCUUUUUCUUACUACCCUCUCUCGCUCUUUACUCCUAGUACUACACUGUGCUACACUAAUACCGUACUACAUUGUGGCACUCCAGUGCCGUUUCAUAUUUGCGUACGCAAAUUUUCCCGUUCCAGUGUGACAGAUACAAUAUACACAAAGUCAUAAUAUAGGGAGAAGGAGAGAAAGAAUCGUGUGGAAUAGAAAUCACGUGAAAUCGUGAAGAAAUGUCGACCGAAAAUCAAAACGGCUCCGCCGGUACACAAAGCAACGGGAUAAAAACGACGAUCGGUUGGUCGUCGACGACGAGGACUGUCUCGAACAAUUCGUCGUUUUUGCACACUAGUAAUUCGAUGUUGAAUCGUGAUAAGCCGCGUCAAGUGCCACCGCCAACUUUGCCAAAAUACACGUCGAGCUUUAACGCCGGUUGGAAUGGAAGCGGCACGACCGAACGGUUGAGCCGAGAUCGCGAAGUUGGAGGUAGUUACAGACUGGCGAGCCUCGACAGGCUUGCCCUUAGGCAGAGGAUACUUGAUGGGGAGAAAUCAAACGGCGACACCACGUCGAUACAGGCGAAGCGCGAGCUAUUUUUCAAAGGCGACAACGCCGGAAUAAUAUCGUCGCCAUCCGUGCCAUCGGUGCCGCCUCCGCAACCUCCGUCGCAGGCCCCGUCGUCGAUGAGCACGUCGUCGACGAGUACGUCGUCGACGACGACCACGACGAUCACGACGCUCGCCUCGCCCAACACAGCACCGCCAGCCUCCUCCACCGUGUACACGAGCGUCGCAUCGUCGGCGCCUGCUUCCAAGCCACGAUUACCUCCGUCCACGGUGAUCCUGAAUCAAAACGAUGCAUCGGAGGACAGCAAUAAACGGGAGUCGAACAGAAGCAACGAGAACAAGGAAACCGCUGUUCUUCAUCCACGACCAACGCCACAGACCAAGCCCAAAGAACUCGAUGGUUACGUGGGUUUCGCGAAUCUGCCUAACCAAGUCUAUAGAAAGGCCGUUAAGAAGGGAUUCGAUUUCACUCUGAUGGUCGUCGGUGAGUCGGGACUAGGAAAAUCCACUUUGAUCAAUUCCAUGUUCCUCGCUGAUAUAUACAGUGCUGAGUAUCCCGGUCCUAGCCUUAGGGUGAAGAAAACCGUAGCCGUAGAGACUAGCAAAGUAUUGUUAAAGGAGAACGGUGUAAAUCUCACGUUGACCGUCGUUGACACGCCCGGAUUUGGCGAUGCGGUCGACAACAGCAAUUGUUGGGUACCGGUGAUCGAAUAUAUCGAGUCAAAAUACGAGGAGUUCCUGAACGCCGAGUCUCGUGUAGUGAGACGGCAGAUACCAGACAGUCGAGUACAUUGUUGUCUCUACUUCGUCGCACCCUCCGGCCAUGGUUUGAAGCCGUUGGAUGUAGAGUUCAUGCAACGUCUUCACGACAAAGUUAACAUUAUACCUGUCAUCGCGAAGGCGGACACCAUGACGCCAGACGAAUGUGCUCAUUUUAAGAAACAGAUUUUGAACGAGAUAGCGCAACACAAGAUAAAAAUUUACGAGUUCCCGGAAGUGGAGGAAGAAGAAGAAAGUAAACUGCAUAAAGUUCUUAGAGAAAGAGUGCCGUUUGCGGUGGUGGGUGCAAACACCGUGGUCGAACAGGAUGGUAGGAAAGUUCGUGGAAGGAAGUAUCCUUGGGGAGUCGCAGAAGUGGAAAAUUUGGAACAUUGCGACUUCAUAGCACUCCGAAACAUGGUGAUUAGGACGCAUUUGCAAGAUUUGAAAGACGUGACAAAUAAUGUACAUUAUGAAAAUUUCCGAUGUCGCACGUUAGCCGGCGUUGGAGUGGAUGGAAAACCGACAAAAGUCUCCAAUAAUUUGUGCCCUCCAGGAGUGAUGAACAGUUUCAUGACAGUGUGGAAUCCGCUGGCUCAGUUGGAAGAAGAGAAAAGGGAACAUGAUAAUAAAAUGAAGAAAAUGGAGAUUGAUAUGGAGCAGGUGUUUGAAAUGAAAGUCAGAGAGAAGAAGCAAAAACUUAAGGACUCGGAAGCGGAUCUACAAAGAAGGCACGAACAAAUGAGACGCUCUUUGGAACAACAAGUGCGUGAAUUAGAGGAAAAGAGACGAGCAUUCGAGACUGAAAAAUUAGCAUGGGAACAACAGACUGGACACAGUAUCGAAGAAUUACGUAGACGCAGCCUGGAAGCUAAUUCGAAAGAGGCAGUCGACGGUAAGGAUAAGAAGAAUAAGAAGAAAGGACUAUUCUAAGUCGACUUCAGAAAGACAACGUGAAGAGUGAGCUUUUCUUAAAGUAAUCGAUAGUAAUUUUUCUUCAAAAAUAUCAUAUUGAUAAUACGAUUUCUUUAAGAGAAAUUGGAUAUAAAUUAAGAAAAAAAAAAAGUUUGACUUGAGAAAGAUUUAUCGAUAAAAUCUCCCGGUCUAUUCUGCAUCUGGCUUUUCAAAAUUUUCAUUUUUUCACGAUAAGAUAUUUUACGAUUUUUUACGUCUUAGAACAACGUUGCUCGUGCACAUUUCGAAAUCAGCAAAGAUAAGGCGUGGCUCGGGAGAUUCGUUAAUUGAUUAAAAGACAAGAUAGAAAUAUGUGUUGCUUAAAUCAUGCAGUUGACACGUGUACUGUGUAUACCAUUCGUAUAACGUUUAUACGACCGCCUCGGCAUUCUAAUAAUUCUUUUACGGGCAUAAACGUGUUAUGCUUUGAAGAGUGAAAAUGAAAGUGUUUGUUCUGUCGUGUUUGCCUGUGCUUCUUCGCGCUUCCUAUUAUUAACGCCCGACAAAAUCACACUUAGUACAAUUCGAUAAACAAUAAUUGUACAAAAUGUAGACAUAAUUUCAAAGGACGUAAUUUUCUUUAACAAAAGUGUUCAAAGGGAUGCCGAAAGAGAAACAAAAGAUGUUUGAUUUCUUUCGAUCAAUCUUCGUUUCUCACACUGAAUUAUUUAUGUAUAUUGUCUUUAACACUUUGAAUAUCACGAUUAUAUGUCAAUAUUUAUGUCGAUAUUUUAAAUACGAUAGUUAUGUUAAUAUAGGUGUAUAAUAUAAAAAUAUCAAGAAGUGUAAGAUCUUAAUGGCAAUUCAUGGAGAUUUAAGUGUCAAAACAAAAUGAUCGAACGAUAAUCGCUCUUGUAUCAUACAUUCUAUGUAUCAUACGUAACUGGAAGUGCAGAUUCGGUUGAACGUGAGUUUCUAAGUACUGUUGCACACCUAUUGUUUCUAGGCGGAGCGUAAAAAUAUCUUUCUCCAUGGAAGAAAAAAUCGAAACGUGCGAUACACUAUCGACCUAAUAAACGAACGAGGUCUCUGUAUCUAAAGCUAGCAAUAAGUUAUAUCGAUGUUUCUAUUACAUAAUCUAAAUUGUUACAGGAUAGCGCAUUUAUAUAAUUAUAAAGGGAUGAUGCUCACCCUAAGAAACAAAUUGUAUAAAUAAUUGUUUUACAUCAAUCAUAUUCUUCCUUUCAGUAUUCGCUUAAUGCGAGUAACAGCGUGCUGCUUUAUAACGUAACGAAUUAUCGAACACGAUGAAACUUAAACAUAAGGAAAGGACAACGUUAUUCGUCUUUUCACUCAACUCUCAACUCGCAUCAUUCUACGUCGGAUCGUUGAAUGUGAUUCUAAAUGAAGCAGUGGCCAUAUAUAUAUACAUAUAUAAAUAUAUAUUUAUGUAUAAAUGAAAUCGAGGAGAUCGUAAGGAUAAGUCGAAUUCGUGUAAAUUUAAGUUGUAUCGAUAACGAGACAAAUCGGGUAAGAUUAAAUUGUAUAAAAUAAAUCUAAGUGUAUGCUGGAUCGUCGUGAUUCGAGACAGUGCGUUAAUAUUUCAGUUCACUGCAAAAUCAAAGGAAAUAGAAAUUAUUGUGUUACGAGCUAAUUAAGUUUAUUAUCAAAGCGGAUGGUAAUCGAAUUGAUACGGAAUAUGUACGAGAAGAAUAACCGUGCCGUCUCGAACCCGUCCAAGUAUACGUUGGUAUAUGCAACAAGGAUGGGCAAACCGAUUUAACAAUAAGUUCCUUGAAUUCUUUACGUCGCAUAUACGGUCAGUUGUGUUUCUUUUGUUUUUCCUGUUAUCUAUAUCUUUUAUUAUCGGAUACUUUGCAGAGGAACGUUCUCGCCAGAUCAGAAUCUUCGCAAAAGAAAUCCAAAAGUUUGCCCAGUCUUGGAUUUGUAUUCUAAGCUAAUUGAAUUACUGGUGUGCCAAUACGAAGAGAAUAAGCAUUUUAUAAUAACGCUAGUACGUGAUUCUUCAGUUUUUGUAAAAUAAGAUUCGUGCGAUUUUCUCAUAACAGGCGGAGGAAAAAAGAAGUUUAAAAAAAAAAAAAAGGAUUUCGUCUCAAUUUAUUGGGAAAAACUACGUGUUACAUUCCUAUUUUGUACGGAUUUUUCUAGGUAAAAAGACUCGACUCGUCACCUUGGUCUUUUCUCGAUACCGACAAUCCAUUUAGAAGUUCAAAGCAAAUCGCUUCGAUCGCACGGAGAACGACGCCGAUAGUUUGAAAAGUUUAUUAGCAAAGAUAAUAAACGUAACGCUAAGGUAUAUUAGAAAGAUUUGUACUUUGGAACUACGUGGAAGCAGAUACUUUUCAAAAUAUCGAUGUGUCUGAAAGAAAAAAGAAAGAAAAGAAAAAAAAGAGGAAGAAAGAGCGCUUAGAGAUACAACCUUCUUCGAUGUUAGAAACAGCAAUGAAUCUAAAAGCGGACAUUUAACAAAUAACUGAAUGAUUUGCAAUUUCUGCACUGAAUAAUAUUAAGCUCAAUAGUAUAAAACGUCUGAACAGUACGAUAUUUUUAUCUAAACAGUAGUAAACAUACAUGACUCUCUCAAGAACGGAGGAUUUUCCUUUGUAUUCAGUUCUCUUCUAUUUUUUUGUGUAAAAGAAAAGAAAAAGAAAAAAAGAGGGAGAAAGGAAAUUAUUUAAGUGGACUCGUUGGAACUUGCACUUUUUUUUUUUUUUUUUUAUAAAAAUUCCAAUGAGGAAGACGUCGAAAUCCGAAGUACAAACGCACAUUCUACAGCGAAGAUCAACUUAAUGGAAACUAAGAUUUUUAAUACCAUACGAGAUUCAAAUUGCAAUGGAUAUUUUGUUGAAAAUUUUCGUAUCUAUCUCUUCGAAGAACAAGAAAACAAGUGGAAUAAUCGAGUACUUAAGUUUUUACUUUUCUGAGAAUGACGUUUCAGAAAGUUAUAAAGCGGAAGAUAAACUCCUUCGUGUUUCUAAGACCUAAGUAUAUCUCAAUGAUGAAUAAAAGCAAAAGACUUAUCUUAUCGCUAUUAAGGAUUUAUGCAUCUGCUUAGUUGACCAAAUAAAAGCUGUUUAUACAUUUCAAUGUUGUAUUACGCGUAGCUGUAAGAUAUAAAAAGUCGAUGAAACGGAAGUGUAUGAUUUACUGUAUGUUUACUCUAAUCAGCAAUGCUUAUAAUAUUUAAAUAGUUAAUCGUCAUAAAUCGCGUGAGUCAUCACGAUACACGAUCAUUACACAUAUUAUACGUAUACGCCAUACGCGAGGCACAACACAACAAUAAUAAAGGAAAAAAUAAAGCGAAAGUAGGUAAAACAAACGCGAAUUAUAUUUUG